GUAACACUGACAGGGUGGUGGUGUGUUAGUGUGUGUUGCGCUGGUCUGAGUGGAUCAGACACAGCAGUGGUGCUGGAGUUUUUCGGGUCAAUACGUGUGACAAACAGCCUUUAACGAGUGCGGUGUUGACGCUGGUGGACUCUCUGUUGUUGCCAGGGUGAUUGAUGGAUGAUUAAUCCGGAAGCUUGACCGUUCUGUCCCUCCUGUUUGAGUCACAGGGUUCAGGAACGCUCAGCCUGGAGGGAGAAGCAGAAGCUCUGAGCAGAAGCCAGAGAGAAGCUGCAUGAAUAGUUUGUGGUUGUGAGUGUUUAGAAUCAUAGAAGCUUCUGUAGAGCUGCGUCCAGCGGUGCUGUGACCAGAAGAACGGUCAACAUCUAGAACAUCUCUGAAGGACAGGCAGAUCUUCUGUAUUUACUGUUCUGAGGGACGGACGCUGCGGAGAUGUCCAAAGAUGACCCACGGGAAGUCUGUGAGAUGGAGACCCCAAACAGAACCGUUCAUCAUGAUGACCGGAGUGCUGAUUUCCACGACUCGCUGCAGCUCCAUCAUCUACAGCUCCUCUUCGACACCUUCUCCCAGCAGCUAACUAUAACCGGCCACUCUCAGAGGAGGGUCAGAGCGUGUAACACCGGUCACUCUGCUGACACUCUGAGCCUGGAGCAGUUCCGCUCGGCUCUGACCACUGCGAUCGGCGAGGAGUCCUGGAAUGAGAAGAUGGAGGAGCUGUUUAGAGAGCUGGAGUCGUCCUGUGACGGCCAUGUUGGGUGGCAGACGUUGUGCGACUGCGUUCUCCAGCAGCUCAAACAGAGUGAAGACACAUCCGAGGCCGAACUCAGCAGCGUGAGCUCGGAACCAGUCAUACGCCACUGUCGGCGUUACAAGCAAUUCCCAGUUAUUCGCAUUGUGGAAGUGAGUCAGCCACCCCCUCUGCGUUACAUCACCGUCAGUAAAAGGGGAACUCUCACCAUCUGGAACAGCCAGCUUCAUGUCAUAGAGUCACUGGAGUUGUGUGAGAAUGCUGGUGAAAAAGGAGGCUCAAGCAGGCAGUUCCGGAGCUGGAUGACCGACGCUGUCUACAUGCCCAACGUCCACAAGAUCGCAGUGGCCUCCAUGAGCCGGAACAUUCACCUGGUUGACGUGUCCACCAGCACCUGUUUCGAGACGUUCCACUUGUCAGGACUAAGUCAUGUUGCAACCGCUCUUUGUUACUGGUACAAUGUCGAGGCUCCAGGAGAGAGGUGCGCUCUGAUGUGGGGGGAUGAGAAAGGAGCUGUGAAUUUGCUUUGGUUCCUGCAGCCUCACAAAGGCUUGUUUGAGACACCAUUUUCCAACCAAAGUGGACCUCAGCAAGUGUUUUUGUCGGACCUCUGUGUUCAGACCUCACUGAUCUCUUACCAGCAAAGCCCAAAGAUCCACAGGGAAGCCAUCAACAGAAUCAGAUAUAACCCCCGAACUGAUCUCAUCGCUACGUCAUCAGAGAGCAGUGCCAGCUCGGUGGUCAUCAUGGACGUGGAUCAGAGGAGCGACAGUUACAUUUGGAAAAUUGAAAAGGGAGUCCGGUGCUUUGACAUAAGCUGGUCACUCGGUCUGCUGGUCACUGCGGGGCUGGACCCUGAUCUAAGGAUAUGGGACCGUUAUGUUACCUCUCGGCCUGUAGCUGUGCUACGUGGUCACAGAACAACAGUAGUGGACGUGGCCAUCCACCAGGAUCUGGGCAAGAUCUUCAGCUAUUCAAAGGAUGCUGUCCUGAAGAUAUGGGACAUCUCCUCUGAGCGCUGUGUGAAGACCGUCCCGCUGAGGUUCCCCAACGUUCAGACUGGACGUAUCCUCGAGCAGGGUAACUUCUCACUGCUGCUGAGCCUGGCUAGAGCUCCUGCACUGCUGCUCAGCUGCAGAGAGUACCUGGCCCUGCUGCGGCUGCAGAAUGCAGCCUCCAACGGCGGGUCAGCGGCCCUCUCCUGCACCCUGUACAAACCUCACCUCAGACAGCUCUGUUCUAGAUCACAGAACCCUCUCAGCGGUCUGUCAGUGCAGAAGGAGAACUCACGCUUUUCUCCUUCAUCACCAGAACGUCUCACAGUAUGGAGCUCGCAGAACGGUCACCCUCUCCAUAAACUGGAGGCUGUUUCUGACACAGAGGUCACAGGGGUCAUCUGUCUCCAUGACAACCAGCUUCUGUCUGUGGGCUGGUUAUUCGGUACAGCGUUGCUGAAUCACACGGUGUAUCCCCCCAUUGACAGGUUGCUGUUCCUGCAGAAGCGAGCUCGGGGCAGACAGUGGAGAACGAGGGCUGUUCUGCUGAGCUCUCAGGCGGGCAGUGUUUGCUGGGACGUCUGUGGGCCUCCACACAACCGCACGCAGUUCUGUGAACCACACGGAAACAAUGAAUGCGUGAAGGCCUUAGGUACAGAUGAUGACAACAGUUUACUCAUCAAUGGAGACACUUCAGGGUCCAUCCAGGUGUGCGACAUCUCUCAGUACAGCCAAUCUAAUGGACAUGAGCUUGUCAGUCAACAGCCCCCACUGAGAAAUACCUGGAGAGCCCAUGAGGGGGCGAUAGUGAGCAUGGAGGUUCUGGAGCAACUAGAGCUGACCAGUCCAUCCCAAGGGGAAGAAAAGGACAGAACUGAAAUCAACCAAUCAGAGAGCAUCAAAGACACAUCUGCUCCUACUGGCUGGGCUCAAAGUCCAGGGGGAGUGGCCAGAGCAAAGAGGGGCCUCAGUGAAGAUCAUUGUCAACAAACAGGUUGGUUAGAACACAGGCAGACACAAAAACACCAGUUACUGCUCCCUCAGUGCGUUUUAUCAUCUCUGGCUGUCACCUUGUAUCAGUGGUCACCAACCCUCCUCCUGGAGACCAGCUUUCCAGCAGAGUUUAGUUCCAACCUGCAUCUAAUGCUCCCUUAUCCCUAUUACCUAAUGCUAAUGCAUCUGAUCCAGCCAGUCAAAGGACUUCUGGAGAAGUUCAUUAGCUGGAGCAGGUGUGGCUGACUGUGGCUUUGUUGACCACUAUCCUAUCCCCUUUCUUCUGUGUUAUUUAUUGUUUUUAGGUCCCAUUAUGAUGCUGGUCAUGAACUGGCUGCAUUUUUUAGCUCAAAUUGAGCUAAAAUUGUCACUACUGAAACAUACGGUAAAGUUCGGUAGUGUUGUGAUUGUUUCGGUAGUGACUAAAUGGAACAUCCAAUCAUUAGUUUUAAUAAAAUAAUCAUAAUUAAGGUUUAGAGUCAC